UCGUCCUGCCAGAGAAAAUGCGGCGACGUAGACGUUCCUUUCCCGUUCGGCAUCGUCGCCGACGAGGAUCACCGGGGCUGCGCUAAGCCUGGCUUUGAGCUGACCUGCACCAGCAACGACGACGUCGACACCGGCAGGGGCGGCGGCGCAGCAGCAGCACCUAAGCUUCUCCGCAGCGUGAAGCCGCUUAACCGGAGCGUGGAGGUGGUGAGCAUCUCGCUGCCGAGAGGGCAGGUCCGGAUGAGGAUGCCCAUGUCCUCCCAUUGCUACAACGCGACCACGGGCGCCAUGGACUGCGCCGACAACGGGUGGAUGGACCUGACGGGGAGCCCCUUCACGUUCUCCGACACCGCGAACAGGUUCACCGCCUUCGGGUGCCGCGUGCUGGCGUACCUCGGCGCCGGCCAGCAGAGCGACAUCGGCAGCAACCUGACGAUCGGCUGCGCGGCCAGCUGCGGCGACGACCCUGUCGCCGUCGCCGUCGGCGGCGGCGGCUGCUCGGGGAUCGGCUGCUGCCAGACGGCCAUCCCCAAGGGGAUCAAGUACUACAAGACAUGGUUCGACGACCGCUUCAACACGUCGGGCAUGAACAACUGGAGCCGCUGCUCCUACGCAGCUCUCGUGGAGGAGUCGAGGUUCGAUUUCUCCGCGGUUUACGGCUCGUCGUCGCGGUUUAACCUGGACACGCUCUCCACCCAGCCGCCGUUCGUGCUGGACUGGGUUAUGGGAAACGUGUCCUGCCAGGCAGCGCAGGGAGAUGUGGAUUCCUACGCGUGCGUAAGCAAUAACAGCGUGUGUUUGGACUCCGACAGCGGACCAGGGUACAUCUGCAACUGCAAGGAUGGAUUCCAGGGGAAUCCUUACUUGAAAGGUCAUGACGGCUGCCAAGAUAUUAAUGAAUGCGAAGAUUCUAGGAAGUACCCUUGCUAUGGUAAAUGCAUCAACAAACUUGGCGGAUUUGAUUGUUUCUGCCGUGCGGGCAGUCGAGGAAAUGCUUCUGUCGGACCGUGCCGGAAAGAUUUUCCACUGGCUGUUGGUAUUACAAUUGGACUGGGUGUUGGCUUUGGAAUUCUCACACUUAGCUUGUCUGUAGUAUUCCUUAUCCGUAAACAGAGAAGAGACAUUCAAAAGCAGGAACGUAAAAAAUAUUUUCGGAAAAACCAAGGUCUUCUACUACAACAGCUAAUAUCUUCCGAUGAAAGAGCAAGAGACAACACAAAAAUAUUUUCCCUGGAAGAGCUGAAAGUGGCAACAAACAACUUCGAUCCAACACGUGUCCUCGGUAGUGGAGGUCAUGGUAUGGUUUACAAAGGCAUCUUAUCAGAUCAGCGUGUGGUGGCGAUAAAAAAACCUAACAUCAUUAGAGAAGAAGAGAUUAGUCAGUUCAUCAAUGAGGUUGUAAUACUCUCGCAGGUAAAUCAUCGCAAUAUUGUAAAACUCUUUGGAUGUUGUCUUGAGACUGAAGUGCCUCUACUAGUGUAUGACUUUGUCCCAAAUGGUUCGCUACACGAAAUUAUUCAUGUGGAUACAACUAAUAGGGAAUUCUCAUUGUCCUGGGAUGAUUGUUUGAGGAUCGCAAUAGAAGCUGCAGGAGCUUUGUAUUAUCUCCACUCUGCAGCAUCAGUAUCGGUUUUACACCGCGACGUAAAAUCUUCUAAUAUACUAUUGGAUGCAAACUACACUGCUAAAGUUUCAGAUUUCGGUGCUUCAAGAUUGAUCCCCAAUGACCAAACUCAUGUUUUCACAAAUAUACAAGGCACAUUUGGGUAUUUGGAUCCUGAGUACUACCAUACUGGCCAUCUUAAUGAGAAGAGUGAUGUAUAUAGUUUUGGUGUAGUUCUUUUAGAGCUCCUUCUAAGAAAGCUGCCUAUUUUUGACGAUGGAUCUGGUAUGAAGAGAAACUUAUCUAUAUUCUUUCUUUCCGAGAUAAAAGAAAGGUCCGCCAUACAAAUAGUUGCCCCUGAAGUUCUUGAGGAAGCAAUCGAGGAUGAGAUUAAUACCGUUGCCUCAAUUGCACAGGCAUGCUUGAGGCUCCGAGGCGAAGAAAGACCAACUAUGAAGCAAGUGGAGAUAUCAUUACAAUCUAUAAGAAAUAAAGAUUUGAGUUCCGGCAGUGCUAGCCCAGAAAAAAAUGGAGAGAGGCAGGUAUCUCUACCUGAAACAUAUGUGGACCAGCAUCAAUCCUUGGGAGUUGAUAUGAAUGGUAUUGCUAAUUUACCAUCGUCCUAUUGCUAUAGCUUGGAGAAAGAAUUUAUGUCAUCCGCUAGUUUUGCACGGUAA